AUGACUAACUCAAUCGGAACACCAGAGAUUGUUUGGGAAACAAUUUGGGAACAUUUGUCUGAAGAUGCCGAAUAUCAUCUAAGAAAGACUUCGCAAAAACCAGAUUUGGUGCUAAACAAUAGCGACAAAAGAAAUUUUGCCUUAAUUGAGAUUGAGAAGAUCUUAUCUGCUAUGGGUAAGAGUUUGAGUGACUUUGCUCCUAUGCCAACACCAAAUAUUAACAUGUACACCGUGGUAACAAAUCGAUUGAUACAAGAGGAAUUGGCAUAUGAUUGCGAUAGUAUGAAGUUUGAGAACCAGCUGCUAGUUAAACAACUAAAUAAAGAGCAAAGGGAGAUAUAUGAUGAGAUUAUUGAUGAUAUCGAGAAUAACAGUGGAGGGUUGUUCUUUGUAUAUGGUUAUGGUGGAACUGGUAAGACUAUUUUGUGGAAUGCAUUGUUUUUAGGUUUAAGGUCUAAGGGUGCGAUUGUUUUAAAUGUUGCUUCAAGCGGUAUAGUAUCUCUUUUAUUACCAGGCGGACGAACUGCGUAUUCGAGGUUUGCAAUACCUAUUUCGAUUCAUGAAGAUUUAACUUGCAACAUAAGUCAAGGUACUCUUUUAGCAGAGUUAAUUAUUCGUUGCAAAUUGAUCAUAUGGGAUGAAGCACCUAUGAUGCACAAACAUUGUUUUGAAGCUUUAGAUAGAACUAUGAGAGAUUUGUUAAGGUGUAAGAAUUCAAAUAGUUUAGAUACGACCUUUGGUGGGAAAACUGUUGUUUUUGGGGGAGAUUUCAGGCAAAUAUUACCAAUAGCUCAAAUUGGUGAUGGAGUUCUUGGUAAUUCCAGAGACAGAGACUUUGAAAUCACCAUUCCAAAUCAGUUUUUACUUGAAACUAAUGGUGACCCAAUUGCUACCAUUGUUGAAAGUACUUUCCCUAGAUUUCGAAGUGGUAACAAUGAUACUACAGAUCUACAGCAUAGUGCUAUUUUGGCUCCAACUCUUGACGUCGUGGAUAGCAUCAAUCAGUUCAUGAAUGAUCAUAAUUCGGGUGAAGGUAAAACUUAUCUAAGGUGUGAUUCUGAAUGCAAGUCAAACUCCAACGGGGAUAUGUUAUCAGAUUUGCACACUCCUGAGUUUUUAAAUGGUUUGCGCUGUUCUGGAGUACCAAAUCAUUCUCUUACUUUAAAAGUUCAAUCACCAGUUAUGCUAUUAAGAAAUAUUGACCACAGUUUAGGAUUGUGUAAUGGUAUGAGACUUAUUCUUACAAGGUUGGCGGAUCAUGUGUUGGAAGGUCAGAUCAUGUGUGGAAUGAAUGCAGGAGCAAAGGUUUUAAUUCCCAGGAUGUCAUUAACACCUUCAGAUAUCAUAUUGCCAUUUAAAUUUCAAAGGAAACAAUUUCCGUUGAUGCUAUCUUAUGCCAUGACAAUAAAUAAGAGUCAAGGACAAACACUUACAAACGUGGGUUUGUUAUUGAAGAAGCAUGUGUUCAACCAUGGUCAAAUGUACCUGGAGGUCUCCAGAGUAAGCAGUCCAAGGGGAUUAAAAAUUUUGAUUGCUGGUGAAAAUGUACCAUUCCAAAAUACAACUACAAAUGUUGUGUAUAAAGAAAUUUUUAAUAAUGUCUAA